AUGGAUCGCCAAUCAGUCUACUCAGUUUCCGUCUUCCAGUCCAACUCUGGACCAAACGAAGAUAGCCGGCUGCAAAUACAAGAACAACUUGUAACUUUUAUCCUCGAAUUCAGACACGACAAUAUCUUCGUCUAUCGAGAUCAGCUAAGAGAAAAUGCGUUAUUAAAAAAGUACUUUUGCGAUGUUAACAUUACCGACUUAAUCAAAUAUAACGAAGAGCUUGCGCACCGAAUAGUCACAGAACCCGCCGAGAUUAUUCCUCUCUUCGAAGGGGCCCUCAAGAAAUGCACACACCGAAUCAUCUUCCCCCACGAACCUAAAGCUGUUGUCCCUGAGCACCAAUUACUCCUCCACUCCAGCGCAGAAGAUGUCUCGAUCCGGAAUCUGGAUUCUGAUACUAUCGCAAGGCUUGUUAGGGUGCCUGGCAUCGUCAUUGGUGCCUCUGUUAUGUCUUCUAAGGCCACAGAGUUACAUAUUCAAUGCCGAAAUUGCCUACACACACAGAUGAUCCCCGUCCUAGGUGGAUUUACCGGUGUAACACUUCCGCGAACUUGUGGUCGCCAGAGACCUCCCAAUGACCCAUCCGAAAAGUGUCCUCUAGACCCUUACUUUAUCACCCACGAAAAGUCCAAGUUUGUCGAUCAGCAGAUUAUUAAGCUUCAAGAAGCCCCUGACCAGGUGCCCGUAGGAGAGCUUCCACGACAUGUUCUCAUCUCCGCAGACCGAUACCUUACGAAUAGGGUCGUUCCGGGAUCAAGGUGCACGAUCAUGGGCAUUUUCUCUAUCUACCAGAACAAGGGUUCCAAGAACUCGUCUACAGGCGGUGCUGUUGCUAUAAGAACGCCUUAUUUACGAGCCGUGGGUAUCCAGACAGAUAUGGAUGCCACAGCUAAAGGACACUCAAUCUUCUCCGAGGAGGAAGAACAAGAAUUCAUGGAACUUAGCCGAAGACCUGAUCUCUAUGAUGUUAUGGCCGAUUGUAUUGCCCCAUCGAUCUAUGGCAAUCGAGAUAUUAAGAAAGCCAUAUUGUGCUUACUACUUGGAGGAUCCAAGAAAAUCUUACCUGACGGCAUGAAAUUAAGAGGUGACAUAAACGUGCUCCUCCUCGGUGACCCUGGUACUGCGAAGUCGCAACUCUUGAAAUUCGUCGAGAAAGCUGCUCCCAUAUCUAUCUAUACAUCGGGUAAAGGUUCCUCGGCAGCUGGUUUAACAGCUUCCGUGCAGAGAGAUCAUUCCACGCGAGAGUUUUACCUCGAAGGUGGUGCAAUGGUAUUAGCAGAUGGUGGUGUGGUAUGUAUCGAUGAAUUUGACAAGAUGCGAGACGAAGACCGUGUCGCGAUCCACGAAGCUAUGGAGCAGCAGACCAUCUCGAUUGCCAAGGCAGGUAUAACAACAAUUCUAAAUGCGCGAACCUCAGUCCUCGCGGCAGCCAACCCCAUCUUCGGCCGGUACGAUGACAUGAAGACGCCGGGCGAGAACAUCGACUUCCAGACGACCAUUCUGUCCCGUUUCGAUAUGAUCUUCAUCGUGAAAGACGACCACAACAGAGACAAGGACGAGCGCAUUGCAAAGCACGUCAUGGGUAUCCACAUGGGCGGCCGUGGCCUCGAAGAGCAAGUUGAGGGCGAAGUACCCGUCGAGACGAUGCGGCGGUACCUCAGCUACUGCAAAUCUCGCUGCGCUCCUCGCCUCUCCCCCGAAGCCGCCGAGAAGCUAUCCUCGCACUUCGUCUCGAUCCGGAAACAAGUCCACGCCUCCGAACUUGAAGCCAACGCGCGCUCCAGCAUCCCCAUCACAGUGCGACAACUCGAAGCCAUCGUGCGCAUCACAGAAGCUCUCGCAAAACUUACUCUUUCCCCCAUGGCCACCGAGCAGCACGUCGACGAAGCCAUCCGGUUAUUCCUGUGCUCGACGAUGGACGCCGUCACACAGGGGACCGCGAACCAAGGCGGCCGCGAGCUGAACGAGGAAGUCACACGUCUUGAACAGGAGCUUCGCCGACGCUUGCCUAUUGGGUGGAGCACCAGCCUGGCUACUCUACGCCGCGAGAUGGUUGAAGGGAAGGGGUUCAGCGAGCAGAGUUUGAACCGCGCGCUUAUGAUACUGCAGAGACGGGAUACGAUUAUGUUCCGCAAUCAAGGUGCGCAGGUAUACCGAAACGGUGCUUAG